GUCUUACAAUCCCCUGUUCCACGCUUCUUUCAUAAUAAAUUUAAAAAAAUAUCCCCUAUAUUUAUACCCACUUCAAACUAAUAGUUUCUUCAAUUUUUAUUCAAAAUCUUUCUUCUCUAGAUUUUCUGCAGUGUUUAUCUUCUUUGGAUUUUCAGAUAAUUCCUUAAUCUGUAGCAGGUCCAUCCCCGUUGUUUUCUCAUCUAUCAAAAAAUGCAUGGUCUUAAGAAGUCUCCUUUACAUUGGAAUGCUAGAAAAAAAUCUCCAGAUCCUGUGGUCCAUGGUAAUUCUGGGUCAAAUCCCUUUGAUUCUGACGAUGAGUCUGACAAGAAGCAAACUGUAAAACCAUCAAGGAGAACGUCAUCAGAUCCUUCUGUAGCUACCCCAAAUUUGAGUACGAACCCUUUUGAUGAUGAUGAAAUUAAAGAGGCUCCUUCAAGUGCUUACUCAACUUCAACAGCAAGAAAUAAAUACAAGAACGAUUUCCAAGAGUCUGGAGGAUUUGAGAACCAAACUGUAGAGGAGUUGGAAAACUAUGCCGUGUACAGGGCAGAAGAGACUACAAAGUCUGUUAACAGCUGCCUGAAGAUUGCAGAAGACAUGCGCGAGGAUGCAACAAAAACUUUGAUCACUUUACAUCAACAGGGAGAACAAAUUACAAGAACGCAUAUGACUGCAGCAGAUAUUGACCAUGAUCUUAGCAGGGGUGAAAAACUCUUGGGGAGUCUUGGCGGCAUAUUUUCUAGGACUUGGAAGCCAAAGACAAAUCGCCCAAUUACAGGGCCCGUUAUCACAAGAGUAUCAGAUGAUCCAAUUCAAAGAAGGGGCAACCACUUGGAGCAGAGGGAGAAAUUAGGAUUGAGCUCUGCACCUAAGGCAAGGUCAAGUUCACGGACACCACCCCCAGAGCCUACAAAUUCACUGCAGAAAGUUGAGGUUGAGAAAGCAAAGCAAGAUGAUGGCCUAUCUGAUCUCAGCAAUCUGUUGGGGGAGCUCAAGAAUAUGGCUGUGGACAUGGGAUCUGAAAUUGAGAGGCAGAACAAGGGAUUGGAUCAUGUUGAAGAUGAUGUUGAUGAGCUUGGUUUCAGAGUUAAAGGGGCCAACCAGCGGAUUCGCCGCUUGCUUCGGAAGUAAAUUAGAGAGGUCUGUUUGACCUGUUAAUGAGCUUUCGGAUGAUAACUUGCUUCAGUUUUUUAUCAUUUCAACGCUUCUGAGUUCUUCAGAGAUCCCCUUUCCGUUAUUUUUUGUUAUUUUUAGUUUUAUGUUACUUUGUAUUUUACUUUUACACAAUUCUAUGACAGUAAGCCAAGUUAGUUAAUUGUCUGAUGUUCGGAAGGCUGGUCGACAAAUUGCUGUUGUAACCAUUGUAGAGAAAUAAUGUUAAACACAAAAAGGUACUGCCUGAUAAUAUGGUUGAAUGUACUUUAUGCUCAA